AUGCUUGCCAAGAGCCAAACGUGUGCCGUGGUGGGACUGGACGGUUUCAUUGUCCAGGUGGAAGUGGACAUUUCCAACGGACUGCCGGUAUUUAACGUAGUUGGACUUCCUGACACAGCGGUACAGGAAGCACGGGAACGAGUGCGGGCUGCACUGCGAAACAGCGGCUGCCAGUUUCCCAUGCGCCGUAUCACCGUUAACCUUGCUCCAGCCGACCUCAAGAAGGCAGGGCCCGCCUAUGAUCUGCCCAUUGCCGUAGGCAUCCUCCUCAGUUCGGGGCAAAUAGAUCUUCCUUACGAACCCUCCCUAUUCCUUGGUGAACUUUCCCUGGACGGCGGUCUCCGCCACACCAACGGAGUUUUGCCGAUGGUAUCGGUGGCCAGAGAGCAGGGUUUUGCCGCAGUGUAUGUGCCGACUCCUGAUGCUGCGGAAGCGUCCCUUGUCGAAGGAAUUCAGGUUUAUCCCGUUCCGACGCUAGCCGCGCUAGUGAGCCACCUGUUGGGGGAGUCCCGAAUUGAGCCCUUGGAAUAUGCUGGCCUGCCCGAGAGCGAGGGGCCAGUUGCAGGCGGCUACAACCUGGCACAUAUAAAAGGGCAGGACCACGCCAAGCGCGCCCUGGAAGUGGCCGCCGCAGGUUUCCACAAUAUAUUGUUCAAUGGCCCGCCCGGCAGCGGCAAGACUAUGCUGGCGAGGUCGUUGCCAACAAUCCUGCCCAGAAUGUCUUCUGAAGAGGCCUUGGAUGCUACCAAGAUUUACAGCAUUAGCGGUGCUCUGCCCUCCGGCUGUCCACUGGUAGCAGAGCGGCCCUUCCGCGCUCCCCAUUACAGCAUCUCUAACGCCGGUCUGGUUGGCGGAGGCCGGAACCUGCGUCCCGGCGAGAUUACUAUGAGCCAUAGGGGCGUCCUGUUCCUGGAUGAAUUGCCCGAGUUCGACCGCACUGCUCUGGAGUCAUUGCGGCAGCCUUUGGAGGACAAGGUGGUGACCAUCAGCCGGGUAUCAGGUUCGGUAACCUACCCAGCCAGCUUUAUGCUUGUAGCUGCCCAAAACCCUUGUCCAUGCGGUUAUUACUCCCACCCUCGCAAGGAAUGCACCUGCAGCGCCUCCACCGUUGCUCGCUACCAGAAGCGCAUCAGCGGGCCACUAAUGGACCGAAUCGACAUUUUCGUUGAAGUUCCGCCUGUUGAAUACGACAAGCUGGUAGAUGAGGAAUUGGCCGAGGACUCGACCGUGGUGAGAAAGCGGGUUGAAAAGGCCAGGCAGACUCAAAGGCAGCGAUUUGACGAGGGUUCGGAUCACUUCAAUUCUCAGAUGGGAGCCGCCGAAGUCUGGAAACUCUGCCGGCUGGAAGAUAGUGCAAAGAGCUUGCUGCAAACCGCCACCAACCAGCUAAAUCUGUCGGCCCGGGCUUUCCAUCGCAUCGUCAAGGUUUCCCGCACAAUCGCGGACCUGGCUGAUUCAGAUACAAAUCAGCGUAAGCCACCUGGCGGAGGCGCUUCAAUAUCGUUCGCGAGGCCUGAACUGAAGUCAAACCGGAUCUUGGCAGCCAGGGGACUUCUAAAGACAGGAACACUCGCAUUUCGGCGUUCUUUCAGAAGCUUGGUCCGGGCUCGUUGUUAA